AUGGACAUCGCCUACGACCACAUCCAGGAGGAGAUCCUCUCAGCCAAGGAGCACAGCGAGGGUAGCGAGUCUAAGACGGACCUCAACGCCGAGCUCCAAGAGACUUUCCGUGCCUUUUCCUCCAGCCCAUGGGGUACCCGCAUCGGCGGCCUGUGGGACAACGUGCGCAAGCAGGGCGAAAGCUACUACGAAGGCGCCCGCCAGGAGUAUGCCGCCGCCAGCGAGGAAGCCGUCAAGGGCUUCUCGGGUCUGCGGGAUACCCUCGUUGAUCGGACACGAGGGCUCUCCCUGAGCACGGCGACGCUCACGGGGGCUGCGGGCGAAGGACAGAAGGAUGACGCGGCUACACCGACGGAAUCGUCUGGGAAUACCGGCAAAGGGAAGGAGAGCGCCAACAGCGAGGGAUUUAUCUCGCGGUUCAAGGCCGAGGCUGCGCGGCGACUCAAGGAGAUCGAGAAGGCCGAGGACGCGGCCGAUGAGGCCAUCUUGCGCUUUGGGCUGAGCAUCAGCCAGAAAUUCCGCGACGCUGUCAGUAUCGUUCCGCCCGAGACGGACGAGACCGGCAGGAUUCUUUUCGAGAGCAAGGAUGCUGAUGGCAAGAGAGUUAUUCACGCGACGCGGUUCGAGGCCCAACUGCAUGUCAUCCAUUCCAACUUGGAGAGCUUCACCAAGGACCCCAGCAGCGAGCAGUGGCCCGAGUUCAAGAAGGAGUUCAAUGUCGAGAGCAAGACGGACGAGAUCGCCUCCGAUCUGGAGAAGUAUCCCGAGCUCCGGUCCGCCAUGGAGAAGCUCGUCCCCGAGCAAGUGGAGUACGCCGAUUUCUGGACCCGGUACUAUUUUUUCCGCCUCAUCGUUGAGACCGAGGAGAAGAAGCGCAAAGAGCUUCUGAAGGAUGCCAAUGUCGACGAAGAAGAAGAGGUCGGCUGGGAUGACGAUUCCGAUUCGGACUCUCCCUCUACCCCCCAAGUCCGCGCCGGAUCCCAGCAUCUCGCCCCCAAAGAUGCCCAGAAAGUCGAGCCGCGUCGCUCGAACGAUCAGCAGUCCCAACCAGACAGCGAAUCCAGCUAUGACGUCGUUAGCGGCACUGUGAGCCGCAACCCGGGCAGCCCCAAGGAAAAGAGCCCGGAUGCCAAGGGGGACGACAGUGAUGAGGAUUGGGAGUGA